CAUCGGCCAGCCAUUUGAAAAUGUUCGCCGUUAAGAACUUGAGGAAUUUCGGAGGAAUCGUUCGGCGAUUGAGCUCUAUAGCGGAGAAUCCUGUUGUUGAACUUCCUGGUUUGGGACGUCUUCGUGGUUCGACGACAACAGGAGCAUGGUCAGGCAAGAAAAUUUACCAAUUCCUCGGAGUUAAGUAUGCAGAAGCACCGAUUGGGGAACUCAGGUUCAAAGCUCCUGUUCCGGUUCAGCCUUGGUCAGGGGAGAGAGAUGCCUCAAUUUAUGGACGUCCAUGCCCUAUGUAUGGUGUCCUGAAGAAGAUUGAGAAACCCACAAAGGAUUUAGAGGAUUGCAUUAAUUUAUGCGUCUAUUCCAAUGAAUUGGGAGCUUCUAAGCCAGUUGUAGUCUACAUUCACGGUGGAGGAUUUAUUGAAGGCGAUGCUAGUCAGUUCCCACCAAACUAUCUUCUUGAGAAGGAUAUUGUCCUUGUUGUUCCACAGUACCGUCUUGGUCCACUAGGUUUCCUUUCAACACAAACUGAAGCCGUGCCCGGAAAUGCCGGUCCUUUGGAUAUAAUUCAAGCCCUAAAAUGGGUGCAAGAAAACAUAAAAUAUUUCGGCGGAGAUCCAAAGAAGGUGACAGUUGCUGGGCACUCUGCUGGUGCUGGAAUUCUAUCAGCCAUCACCUAUAGCCCUCUUGCUGGAGAAGAUCUCUUCCGGAGUAUUAUCUUGCAGUCUGGAGGAUCUUCUGCUUCAUGGUCAUGGGAUCACGAUCCUGCAAAGAAUGCCCGAGAAAUUGCCAUUCUAGGUGGCUUUAAUCCAAAAGGAAGCAUCGAGGAGCUCAAUAGCUUCCUCCUUAAACUCGAUACAAAAAGUCUCGUGAUGCUCUUCAUGAAGUACUUGGUGACAGGUACACCAAAUGGUAUCAGGACGAUUGGUGGCCACAGGAUGACCAUUGGAGGCCCAUCUGGUUUCCUCCCAGACACACCAUAUAAAAUCCUUUCGAGUGGUGGCGGUAGGAAGAAUCUACCCAUGAUGGCGGGAGUUUUAAAAAAUGACGGAGGCUUCCUCAUGACAGGAGUCUACGAUGUCCUCAAAGAAACAAUCGGUUUUGAGAACAAAGCAUUCAAUUCAUUUGAUUUUCUCGACUUCUACAAUCGCAUCCUGGGAACGCAUGAAGUUACCGGCACUAUGGUUGCCUACCAAUCUAAGAGCGUCUUUACAAAGGAAGCUCUUACAAGUGGGAACUACUAUGCUCUACUAGAUGGACUUUUUGACAUCUGCAAUGCUCUCUUCAUAAAAGGACCCACAUUUAGGGCUGUGCAAGAAAACGCAAAAUUCAAUCCAGACCAAACCUAUCUCUAUACAUUUAACUACAAAGGACAGUACACACGAUUUGGGUAUGGAGCUGAUAUUACCAAGUAUCCAUUUGAGGGAGGUAUUAGUCAUUCAGAUGAGAAUCUCUUCCUCUUCCCAUGGCCUAAAAGUGCAGCAAAACUCAAUGAGGAAGAUACAAAAAUUGCCAAAAAGAUGGUUGAUCUUUGGACAUCUUUUGUAUCUGAAGGAGUUCCUCAAAGUACGGAAAUUUCGUCUUGGCCAGCUAUGACAGAAGUCGUCGGGCCAUACCUGAAAAUUGAUAAAUCUGACUCCAUUGGACAAGACUUCCGGGAUGAGUUCACUGUGCUAUCGCGCGAAGGUUACCACACUGAGAAGUACAAGAAAGACAUCCAGGCUCAGGUUCAUCAUAAACACGGCAGAGUUAUUGAAUAAAAAUAUUUUUUGUUGUGGGACGUUUCGUUGAAUCUUAUCAAUAUUUUUUGAAUUUUAUCAAUUUG